AUGAGCCCAAUAGGGCAGCCUCCAUUCUUGCACAAUCCUUGCCGUCAAAUGCACGUGAAGCUCGAGGAAUCCAUCACCGCCCUUCAAGAGGAGAUAGCAGAAUUGAGAAAGGAGAUCAUGCCACUAAAGCUGGUUUAUCCAGCCCCGCACCCCAGAAACGUCCCUGGGAUGCAAGACAAGGCUGCCGCUGCUGCUGCACGCCGGGUCUUCAAAAUGGAUGAAAACGGGUUCUGGAUCGAUCUUCCACGAACACGCGAAGACUUCCCAGUCCCCGAUGACGUUAAACUCUUUUGGACCGAGCACGAAUGGAACAACAAUCAGCCGCUGUCCACAGAAGUGGGUCAAACGAAGCAGAAGGGUGGAGGGACCCGGAUGGCGGACAACGAGAAUGUUCGAGAGCGUUAUAUCGUCAACACCAACGGAGAACCUGUUGAUGGGUUCACUGCGAAGGCGAUUCGUGAGUCCUUCUACACGUAUUGCGCACAUCUCGAGAGCAAGUAUGGCGGGUUCGACAAGCUCCCUGCAACCUGGCAACGGAAGUUGCACCCGAGCGACUUCAUCGAUUACUUUGCUUUCAUCCGCGCGAAGCAUCCCGAGCUCCAGAUCUGCUUGCAGAACUGGAAGGCGAGGAAACUAGCCGUCCGGGAAUAUCCUCAGUGGCGCAAGAGACGGAUCGAGGUGAUCCACCGCGAGCAGAAACCAGUGUCGAAGAAGCGCAAGCGCAAGGCGCACUCGCGCAGGCAAACGGAAGCUCCCGUCGACUGCAAGAGCGAAGACCAGAAGACUAACGGUGACUUCUACGAUAAUGCGAAUGAGCUCGAGGAGGAUAUCAUCCAGCCUGAAGAGAACAGUCAAGGCAGCGACGAGUUUAUGAACAACAACGAUGACAAUGAAGAGGAUAUCGACUAUAACGACGGUGAAGAGCAAGAUCACGACCAACCUGGCAUUGCAUGGAACGAAGAGCACGCGGUCCGCAGCACGACCCAGCAGCGCUCGAUCGAUCUCGAAGGUGCUCCCUACCGCAUCUCACCAGCACCCGAUCAACCUGUACCCACCACACCACACGCACUGCCGGAUGUUGAAGAGACGGACGACCUGCACUCGCAGCCAUCGAAGAGACCUAGGAUCUCGUCUCCUCCCCCGAUCACUGAAUCCUCCUUGUCUGAUAGUAACGACGGUCUCGUGCAACCUGCACCUCUGCUAUUGAUGCCUAGUGCACUAGCCUCAUCAUUUCCUCCAACUGGGGGCAAGCCGCUUCCCGAAAGCCCUGUCGUCCCAAAUGCUGUGAAUCAUCCCCCUGUCCCACCUGGUGGCUUCCCUCCUCCCGCACGCACGGUGAAGAACCAGACUAAGGGUAAGAAGCGCACCGGUACCGCAACUCAAGCUGCUCCCAAAACCACCGUGGCGAUGGCACCACCAACUCAUACGACCACUGCUACCGCAAGUACGGCAUCGACUAGCUCACGCGGUCCCACGGACGUUAUCGGUGCACAAGAAGCCGCAUCAAUGACCCGAAACGGGUCCACUCAGUACGCCAAUGACCUGAUGACAAACACGCCAUCCGCUUCCACCAGCGGACACUGCGGUACAAGCACCGUCGCUGCAGGCACACGCCUCCCAGCCCCUCCGUUUGACAAGUCAACCGCCCUAACCACUUGCCAGGAGUUGGACACGUCUCAAGCUGUUCCGCGCGAUACACCUCGGGAAGACAUCCCACGCGAAGAUUGUAUGGAUGUCGACACUUCGGGGGGCGCCGCCGGUCCUUCUCAAUCUGCAUCCGCCCCACCUCAGCCAGCACCCCCAGUCCCAGUGCAGUCUGCGGCACAGACUCCGAUGCAGGUCGCCGCUGCACUCAUGGCACUUGCCGGCACUGCCCCUUUACGGUCCUCCAUGAAGAACGUCUCCGCAAGCUCCAAGAAAGCCUCCAGCUCCUCGAAGUUUGUGUGGCCUCCGGUGCCUGCGGAGGGAGCCAAACUCAGGGACCAAUGCGCAGUCCUGUGGUACAAUACACAUCACGGGAGCCACGAAGAAUUCGACACAUUUUACAAGUCGAUGAAGCACCCGCAACGGACGAAAUGGCGAGACUCCGCCGUCUGCAACCAAAUCGCGCUGCAGCCGGAGCGGCGCGUGGGGCACGGGGCGCUGGGCUGCAGAGCUGGGGUCGCGAGGCGCGAGGUGCAAGCGAGGCGGGAGACGGACGCGAGACAGGUGCGAGGUGGGAGACGGGCGCGAGGCACGAUACGUGCGCGGACGAUGGGGCGCAAGGCGGUGGCGACAGGCGGGGCGCAGACGACGGGGCGCAAGGGGUGGGGCGCGGACGAUGGGGCGCGAGACGCGGGCGACGGGGCGCAAGGCGCGGGCGAUGGGGCGCACGGCGGCGGCGACACGCGGGGCGAGGGCGGGUGGAACGGGCCGAUAGCCGUGUGGAGCUUCCCCUGUCCAGUACCAAGCGCAUAA